GUGCCCGUAUAUAAAAAUACUAAAACCAACAUCGAUAACAAAUUUGUUGAAUACAUCUCAGAAGGCGAGCGAAUUUUUUACAUUUUAGUCGAAAAUGGCUUCUUUUUUGGCGCGUGCAGGCGGUACCCUUAUCGAAUCAGUAAAACCCAAGACAGUUACAAAGAUCCUUAAUUAUACUCCCAUUGGGCUGCAGCAAUUAAGAAACCUUAAUGUGCAGGAGCAUGUCUCGUACACUCUGCUCAACGAAAGUAGCAUCCCAACACCUCGGUUUGCCGUUGCCAAGAACGGCAAGGAGGCCCAUGACAUUGCGCAAAAGCUGAAAACAGAUAAUCUGGUGCUUAAGGCGCAGGUUCUUGCCGGUGGUCGUGGCAAAGGUACAUUCAAGAAUGGCCUCAAGGGCGGCGUUCGCGUCGUUUUCAGUCCGGAAUCUGCAGAGGAAUAUGCCACCAAGAUGAUCGACCAGCUGCUAGUCACCAAACAAACGGGCGCAGCGGGCCGCAUCUGUAAGAAGGUAAUGGUCGCCGAACGAAAGUUUCCCCGCCGUGAGUUUUAUUUUUCCGUAAUGAUGGAACGCGCCUUCAACGGCCCUGUACUGAUUGCAUCCAAGGAGGGUGGCGUUGACAUCGAAGAAGUUGCCAAAGAAAAUCCCGAGGCCAUCAUUUACGAGCCGAUCGACAUUGGUAAGGGACUCACCAAGGAGCAGGCCUGCAAAAUUGUUGAUAAGGUUGGUCUGGGCGGAAGCUCUGCCGAUGAACAUAUCCAGAUGCUUCUUAACUUGUACAAGCUGUUUGUAAAGAAGGAUGCGCUCUUGGUUGAGAUUAAUCCCUAUGCCGAAGAUGCUAUGACUGGCUGCUUCUUCGCCCUCGAUGCUAAAUUGCGUUUUGAUGACAAUGCCGAGUUCCGUCAGAAGGAGCUGUUCAGCAUGCGCGACUGGACCCAGGAGGAUCCCAAAGAGGUUGAGGCGGCCAAAUACAAUUUGAAUUACAUUGCUCUAGAUGGUACCAUCGGUUGCAUGGUGAAUGGUGCUGGCUUGGCCAUGGCAACGAUGGAUAUUAUCAAGUUGUACGGCGGUGAGCCGGCAAAUUUCCUUGAUGUUGGCGGUGGCGCCACAGCAGAGGCUGUGAAGGCGGCAUUCAAGAUUAUUACAUCGGACAAGAAAGUCAUGUGUUUAUUGGUGAACAUUUUCGGUGGUAUUAUGCGUUGCGAUGUCAUUGCUGAGGGUAUCAUUGCGGCCGCCAAGGAUCUGAAUCUGAACUUGCCAAUUGUCGUGCGCUUGCAGGGCACCAAAGUGAAGGAGGCUCGCGAACUAAUACGUUCAUCGGGCUUGAAGAUCUUGGCACGUGAUGAUUUGGACAAGGCUGCCGAUUUGGCUGUGCAUUUGGCGCAAAUCGUUUCGCUGGCACGCGAAAUGAACAUGGAUGUUAACUUUGAGAUCCCCGAUGCACAAAAGGACAAGUGCAAAAAAGAUCAAAAAAAGGAAGAAAAGAAAGAUCAAUGCAAGGAUAAAAAGAAAUAAGAUGGAGAAACUGAAGACGAUUAAAAUCGGUUUGCAUGCCAA